UGGUACGCGCGUUCACCGCAUCGCCGGCGCGCUCACGAGGCGGAGUUUCUGGAGUUGUCUGUGUGGAGCCUUCGUUGUCGGGAGCUCGGUGGUCCGCCGUUCGCUGUUUUCUCUUAAAGAACCCAACCAAACUGCAACGCUGCGUCGGGCUGGACCCCAAAGACGUGUGCGAGCAUGUGAAAUGUCGACUUAGCGAAGGAAGAUGUUCUCCUUUGGGAAAAGAGCGCCGGAGAAGUUGCUAUGGCACGUUUGUGGGCUGCUCUGGUGGUCGCUCCUGCUCGAGCUAGCGUCCGGAGUGUCCUUUUAUGGCGAUGGAUUUGUACAGCUGAAGGCAAGAGAGUCGUCCGACCAUAACAAAGUCCGCAUUCGUUUCCGAACUUCUAGUACCAACGGCCUGCUGUUUCUUGCCGCCGGCCAGAGCGUCUACUUUCUGUUAGAGCUCAACGGCGGUCGCCUGCAGCUGAAACUGGACUUGGGAUCUGGGGAGCAACUAUUACAAUCUGAGAGAGGAACGCAGCUCAAUGACCUUGCCUGGCAUUCGGUGGAGGUCACCCACAUCAAGCGGAAUGUCACUCUAACGGUAGACAAGAACUUCCACACAAGUGUAAAGAUCCCUGGGCCGCAUCAUGUUCUCACCAUCUUUGAUGGUGUCUAUGUGGGAGGUUCAGUUGGCCUUGACAGACUUUACCUCCCCAGAGAACCGAUUGGCUAUCGAGGUUGCAUGGAGGACGUCAUAUUCAAUGAACAUAACUUGCUGUCAUCGCUGAGGCCAUACACUGGUUUCAAGACUGUCCAUGAGGUGUCUCUCGGUUGUAGUCCCCAAUUUUUUGCCACCGAAGAGGACCCCAUUAGCUUCUUUAGCUCAAGAGCUUACAUUUCUCUUCCCCACUGGAAUGGUCAGCAAGAAGCGGUGUUUGAGUGUGCUGUGCAUACUUCAGCCAGAGAGGGUAUACUCUUGUACAGUUCUGCCAAAGAGGGAGACUUUGUGGCAUUAGAAAUUCAAGAAGGCUUGCUUGUGGCUAUCAUUCGGAAAGGUGGUAGCAUAACAGAGCUUCGUUCUCUUUCAUUUAUCAAUGACAGGAAAUGGCAUGCUAUCAAAAUGCGAUUAUAUUCUAGAACACUUGAGUUAAUGGUUGAUGGAGAAAUGGUAAAAAGCAAUAUUGUCUCUCGCUCGAAAGGGCUGCAGUUUAAAGGCUCUGUCUUUAUUGGAGGUGUCGAUGACAGCUCCAGAUCAGAAGUCAGAAAGGUGAAAUUGAUGUCUGUGUCAGGAAAACGGAUGCACGGAGGCUCCUUCAAAGGAUGUAUGAAGAAUAUUGAAGUGAACAGAGUGAAGAUGGGACUUGCCAAUGCAGUUGUUACAAAGGAUAUCUCAGUUGGCUGUGAACCUGAGAAAGAACCAGUAUGGUCAACAACUAUGAGUCCAACAAGUGCCCCGGAAUCCCUGUUUUUCUUGGUGACCCCAACACCGUCAUUGUACACGUUAACACUUGCAAGAGGUUUGGACAGGAGGUACGGCACUGAUUUUGUGCAGUUAAAACCCCUCAUCGUUGAAGAAGGUGGUCGAGCAUCUCUUGAGGCCAAACACAUCAAGGUACUCUUGGAUUUCAAGACGCUUGGUAUCCGUCAGUCUCAGAUCUUAUUUCAAAUUCAAGAUCACCCACUUCAUGGCCAGGUCAGGCUUGAUGUGGAUCAAGAUCAACCUCAGAACACCUUCAGCAUGUUGGACCUUUGGCAUGAGCGAGUAAUGUAUAUCCAUGGAGGCUCUGAAGAUCCAGAUGACUUCUUCAUGUUUUCAAUAUCUUCCAGCAGUCGUAAAGAAGUCCCGGAUUAUCUCAGGGCGAACACAUUAUACCGUUUUAACAUUACGGUAACACCGACCAAUGAUGCACCUGAAUUAAGUCUCCCCGAAGGAAAUCUUUUUGUCUUGUUGGAAAACUCUAAAAAACGCCUCACCCCGGAUGUUUUGAGGGCCACAGACAUAGACAGCAAUGAUAACAGUCUUGUUUUUACUGUGCUUGGGAACCUGAAUGCAGAUGCAGGCUAUUUGGAAAUUGAGGAUAACCAAGGAACAGCAGUGACAUCAUUUUCUCUCUCAGACUUGCAAGAACUGAGAGUGUAUUAUGUUCACACAGGGGUUAGAAACUCAAGGAUUGUGCUUCGAGUCAGUGAUGGGGAGAAGGUGAGCAACACAGUUGUAUUAAGAGUGAUGGCAAUAGCGCUUGAGUAUAAAAUUGCCAACAACACAGGUCUUAAUAUCAAUCAAGGAGAGACGGCUACAAUUAGUUCACAACAAUUGUCUGUGGAAACCAACGCGGUGAGACAAGUUGUUGAGAUCCGUUACGAUGUAAUUGAACAACCACAAUAUGGAGAACUCCAGAGACUUCACUCAAGUGGUGAAUGGAGGCCCGCUGAGUCGUUUUCUCAAAGGCUUCUAGAAAAAGGACGUCUAAGGUAUGUGAGCACGUGCCAUGAGAUCCAGACGUCCAAUGUCACAGAUCACUUUAAAUCUAAAGUCCACGUGGCCGCAAGGGCAACUACAGAAAUACUUUUCCCGAUCACUGUGAAAUGGGUGAGGUACAACUUGGUGAGGAAUAUAAUGAUGACCUUGGAUAAAGUUAGAAAAGUGACACUUGACUCAGAGUACCUGUUUGCUGCAGCCAAGGGUGUGAUUGUCUCUGAAGAGGAUCUUUAUUUUAGGGUUCUGACCACACCAAAGAGAGGAAAACUGCUGCUUGGCACGACAGUCUUGAUGAAGAACUCAACCUUUAGUCAAAAAGAUAUCACAGAUUCAAAAGUACACUAUGAACUAGUUGACCGGCCUCAUGAAGACACACAUGACAGAUUCAAGUUUCACUUGCUUUCCAAACAUGCUCAGUCCCAAAACUACGAUUUUCAGUUCUCAAUCAAAGCCGACGCUAACAGUGUUUUCAUCAGGAAUGCCGGGCUCUUUCUUCAAGAGGGAGAAAGUAAGUUGAUCACAAGAAAUGAACUGUUUGCAGAAACUUUGCUUACGCAUGAUAUGCAUUACACUGUAAUAAGUAGUCCCAAACAUGGGAAGCUUGCUCGUAUUACUCACUCAAAUUCAAAUUCAAGCUAUAACAACAUCUUAACUUUCAGCAAUCAAGAUCUCUUAGGAGACCGGAUCCUGUAUGUCCACGAUGACAGUGAAACAAAUCAGGAUGAAUUCACUUUCAUCGUCUCUACCACCAAAGGGUUCAAAUCUUUCAUUGCAAAUGAUGAAAUUGGAUCCAAAGAAGGAACGUUCAAAAUUUCCAUUCAACUUGUAAAUGAUCAAAAACCAGUACGUGUGAUUGAUAAAGUUUUCCACGUAGUAAGAGAGGGACAAAGGCUGCUCACAGAUGAAGAUUUGCGUUAUCAUGAUCCAGACUCAGAUUUUGACGACAGCCAGUUGAUUUACAUUCGACGUGGAAUCCCCGUGGGAGAUUUGGUGCUGGCCAAUGACACCAGUCAUCGCCUAUUUGAGUUUCGGCAAAAGGAUUUAGAAGAAAAGAAAGUAAUGUUCAUUCAUAAAGGCGCAAGCAUCGGUAGAUUUGUGCUCUUUGUCUCUGAUGGCAAAAACUUUGUAUCAAGUCUUUUAGAUAUCAAUGCACAGGACCCUUUCUUGAAAGUUGUAAAUAAUACUGGUUUGCUGGUGCAGAAGGGACAGUCCGUUAUCUUUUCCACAACCAAUUUUGCUGUCAGGACCAAUUUGGAUGUCCGAGAUGACCAGCAAAUCACAUUCAAGUUGACUGACACGCCUAAGCACGGAAGGCUUUAUCGAAACGAAAUAGUCGUAGAGUCAUUCACACUGUCCGACCUCAAGAACGGAUUCAUCUAUUAUCAACAUGAUGACAGCAAACAUCUGUCUGACCAUUUCAACCUGACGAUAACAGCUAAAGACAUCCACCUUGCGGCGAAGAUCCAUGUAAAGGUUUACCUGGAAAGUCAUCAGAGGCCACCCAUUGUGCAGCAUCACAACAAUCUACUGGUAGAGGAAGGAAAACCAGUCAAGAUCGAUGAGACUAAACUCGAGGUCACACAUGAGGACAACAUGCCAUCCGAGAUCGUGUUCAAAGUCAAAGCUGGCCCCCACCAUGGCUUUCUACGACUUUUUGUGGAAGCAGACGGGCGCUACAUCGGAAGCAAGGAGUCUCCUGUCAAGACGUUUACCCAAAAGGAUGUUAACGGCGGAAACGUCCAAUACGUGCAGGUGGAGCGCAACAAAUUCAAUGACACCUUCACCCUGGCUGCCACAAACGGCGUCACCGACGUCACUGACAUAAAGAUGUCGGUCGAUAUCGUACCCCGGCACAUCCCGCUACGGGUUUCCAAUUUCACAGUGGAGGAGGGCGGCUACAAGGCCUUGACAAGGGAAAUACUUGAAGUCACCAACCGACACUUUGCCGGAAUCAACUUCCUCUUUAAUGUGACAAAGCCCCCGCAUCAUGGCCGCAUCGAGCACUCCCGACAUCCCGGUGUACCCUUGACAUCUUUCACCAGGAGGCAGGUGGAGCAUGACUUCAUCUACUACGUCCACGACAGCAGCGAAUCAUUAGCGGACAACUUCACAGUGAUUGCAAACGACACGAGCCUAAGGAAGCAGAGUGAGACCCGCAGUGUGUUCGUCCAAGUGACAGCCAUCAACGACGAGCCCCCUGUGAUUACCGCCAAUCGGGUCCUCAGGGUUUGGGUGUCCUCAGUCACAGAGAUCGGCCUGGAGGACUUAAGGGCACAGGACCUCGACACGGGCCCUGGAGAACUCCACUUUGUGGUGACCCCACCCAGCAACGGACAUCUGGCCCUUAAGCGUGCCCCCAUGACCGCAGUACUCAACUUCACCCAGGCCCACAUAGACCAGGGACACCUGCUGUUUGUGCACAAAGGCGCCAUGUCUGGAGGGUUCAAUUUCCAAGUCAACGACGGUGUGAACUUUACUCCCAGGCAGAUCUUCAGCAUCACUGCGAGAACGCUGAUCCUCCAUGUGGUGCAGAAUCGCCCCCUUAAGGUCUUUCCAGGGUCCUCAACAGCAAUUUCGAACGAGGAAUUGCAAGUCAUGACCAACGACGUCACCGGUACUUCUAACCGCACAAUUACAUUCAGUGUGAUUCGACAUCCUAAACUGGGGCGCCUGGUGAGGAAGCAGGCUGAAAAUGAUCCAGUUGACAUCUCUACCUUCACGCAAGAUAUGGUGGAUCAGAAAGAGGUCGUGUACAUCCAAACCCCCAUAGAGUCGGUGGCCUGGGAGGCCACGGACUCACUGACCUUCUCCGUGGCAUCACCACCUUCGUCUCUGGAGAGUCAGACCUUCAAGAUUGAGAUCUCCUAUGAGAAUACAAGACCUGGACGUAACACAGUCCUUUUGGCAAACACGGGUGCUGAAGUGACAGAAGGAGAAAGUGUGAUUAUUGACGAAUCCAAGCUGGAUGCCACUAACCUGAUGUCUAAGCUGCCGAGGCCUCAGCGGAGCGCCAAUGAGGUCUGGUUCCAGGUGACGUCUUUGCCGCAGCACGGCGUCAUCGUCGUCGGCGAAAGAAACCUCACGAAGGAGAAACCCAACUUCUCUCAGUUCAUCCUCAACAAAUACGGGAUUACGUACAAGCAUGACAGCUCUGAGACAACGCACGAUUCGUUCGCUUUCAGCGCAUGGGUCAACCCAAAGGGCAAGUCUGCCCAAAGGCCUUCGGAUGGCAUCGACGUUAUCGAGGAGUCUUUCAACAUUACCAUCAUUGCUGUGAAUGAUCAGCCCCCCGUGCUGAAGACCAAAGCACCGAGUCUGACCGUGGUACAGGGAGAUACAAUAGCCGUUAAGUCUGAAAACCUCGAAGUGGAAGACUUGGACAAUCCUCCUGAUGAUAUUUUGUUCUCUGUGAUUAGCAAGCCAAACAACGGUUACCUCGCCCUUGAGGGAAGAUUGAACGAGUCGAUUGGAGGCUUCACCCAAGCGCAGAUUAAUAACGGAAGUGUUUAUUUCAUCCAUGAUGGUAGCCCUAACUCAGGGGUUUUCUACUUCAGCGUCACGGAUGGCCACCAUAAGCCAAUUUAUAAGCUAUUCAACUUGGAUGUGACAAAAAUCAGAAUCUCACUGGUCAACCACACGGGCCUGACGCUCGAGCAAGGCAGCACUGAAGUCCGGCUGAUUGGAGACAACCUCGCGGCCAGGACCAGUGGCAGGAACGCCACCAUUCACUACCAAAUUACGAGGCCUCCAAAGUUCGGCAAACUUCUGCUGGACACCCGGGAGGUGUCACAUUUUGAUGAAGAUGAUCUCCAGGCUGGACGUCUAGCGUACCACAUGACCAAUCUUUCAUGUGCGGAGGACAGCUUGGAGUUCACAGCGUUCACUUCCGAGGCCAAUCUGAGCGCGCAAGUGCUCAACAUCACUGUCACUCCUCUGAUCCACCUAGGCAAAGGUGUGAGGGCUCCCAGCGGAAUUGGCUUAAAACUCAGCUCGGCCACGCUCGACGUUUCUAAACUGGCGGAUAUUUGCAGUUGUGACCCGCUGUUUGAAAUUUUGUCGCAGCCCAAUUACGGCAAAGUGGUCCGGACAAAGACUAAAAAGUGGCAGAAAUCGGAAGCGGUUCAGUCAUUCACUUUCAAGGAUAUCACACAAGAGAAAGUAACCUUGGAGGUGAAUCCCAACAUGACAGACGUCCGAGAAUUAAACGACUCGCUGGUGUUUUUACUGAAAGCUGAGAACAUCCAACCCGCUAAAGGAGCGUUCCAUUUUACCAUCGUGCCGUACGAUCCUGCCGAGGUCCAGAGCACACAAAAUCCCGCGGAAACGACAUCUUUUCCCUCUCAGACAACAAUCCAGCCUCCAAGAAAUGGAAAUGCCUUGCCAACGCGUUCCACAGCUGUGGCAUAUACCCAGCAGGCAGGCAAAAACCAGCAAAGGUUCAAAGGACGUCACCGCUGGGGGAAGUCCAAUAGAACGAGCCACUUCAUCACGACUCUUGGCAAACCCACCACAGGAAGCGAUUAUUUCCCCUUCAUAAACACUCCCGUUCGUGUGGAAUCCUACCCGCAAAAAAGCUCCAACCCUCUCCUGGUGAUCUUGCCGCUGCUGGCUCUGCUGCUCCUCGUGAUCAUCUUCGUGGUACUGGUUGUUUUCCUCCGACACCACCGGCGCCGGAAGCAGAGGACCGAGACGCCAAAGGAGGCCCCAGCCACUGCCCUUCCAAGUGGCCAAACCCAGAGGAGCGCCGCCGUUCCCACGGUCACAGUCACCCCGCUAAACCCCACCAGCACAGCUAGUCCGGCGCUCAGUCACUUGCUGCUACGGAACCAGCGACUGGACAACUGUAACCCCGUUGAUUCAAAGAUUCUAGUCAGUUCCUGGAGUAGUGAUUCUCCCUCUGCGUUGUCGCAGAUGAUCCAGACUGCCACUCCCUCCCUUCAGCGGAAUCAGUAUUGGGUUUGAACACAUUUGUAGAGCAACAUGUUUUUUUUUGUUUUUUUUUUUUAAAUUAUUAUUAUUUGGGAAGAGGAUUAACAGAUAUAGCCCAAGACUUCAACUAUAUCAAUCAAGUAUGUCAAGGUAGUGACACUGGUACUAAGCGCUAAAGACUCUUCAACACUGUAAGAUUCUCGGCAUCCGUCGCCCAUGUCAGCCGUUCUCAUUCUUCUUUUCCUUCCAGCUUGUCCCGUUAGGGGUCGCCAAAGCGUGUCAUCUCAGAUGAACGCAUAUUUGUUUGGCACAGUUUUCCGCCGGAUAUCCUUCCUGACGCAACCCCUCUGCAUUUUAGCCGGGGAGAGAAGCUUACAGUUCCUGGUAUUCUCAGGCGGUCUCCCAGCCAAGUACUACCCAGGGCCAAACCCGCUUAGCUUCCGAGUUCUGACGAGAUCGGGCGUUCUCAGGGUAGGCCGUAAGCCUCAACCGUUCUCAAUAAACUCCGCAUUUGCGCCGACACCCCAACGACACACAAAAGCAAAGGUUUGCGCACAAAUGCUUAACGGGAAAUUGUUUUGAGCGUUACGGACUAAAAACUGAUGCAACAAGAUCUACUUUGAGCUUGUUUGUGAAAGGACCUCGAUCAUUCGUCGGCAGUCGCGCAUUCGUUUAACGCUCAUCAAGGCAAGUUAUCCAACGAUUCCUAAAGUGGAGAUAAAAAAAAGUCUACACACCCCUGUCCAGAUGCCAGGUUUUGUGGUAUAAAAAGGUCAAGUCAAUGUGAAUGAAUUAUGAACAGUUCCAAAGAGCAUUCAGUUUUAGCACAGCAGCUUCAACCUUCUACUCGAAAGCAAAAACAUGUCAGGAAAAGCCAACUAGAACAUUUGGACUUUAUUUGGGGUUAAUCAGUUACUUUAACUAGUUGCAACCGUGUCCUAAAUUUAUACUCCCACUAAAUGAGUGACUGGUUAAUUCUGAGCGCCGCUAUAUCAGCUAUUAUAUUUUAUUUUAUAUUGUAUUAUAUUAUACAGUGGUGCCUUGGUUCUCAAACAAUCCGUUCAAGAGGGGUGGUUGAAAACCAAAACGUUCGAAAGCCGAAGCACAUUUUCCCAUUACAGUGAAUGGAAAAUAAAAUAAUGCGUUCCAAGCCUAAAAAAUGUUUGUUUUUUUUUUAAGUGAUUUGUUUUAGCUUUUCCUAAUAAUAAACUGCAUAUUAGAAAUGCAUGUAUAGUUUAAAUGCUUUAUAAAAUUAAAUCAUUUAAGAAAUAUAUUUUUGCUUAAAAUGAAUGCUUUAGCCUAGUAGAGUAUGCUAGGGUUGGAGUGCAUUGUCGUAUAUGGAGCGACUCGGCCCCCAGCCUUGUAAACCUUUAUUAACAAAAGUGCAGCAUAACUUUAAAUAAGCAAUAAUGAAGGGGGAAAAAUGUAACUUGCAACUAGAGGUAGGGAAAAAAAGAUAUAAGCAAUGCAAAACAACAGUUUCAGAUGACUUCGGUGGGGGUGACUCCCCCCGUUUUCACAAAGAACAAAUCUAAUGCCAUUUGUUUCUGCCGUCUUUUAAGCACUUUUCUGAAGUGGCUCAUAACAGCAUCAUUAAAAUUUUGCAGUGCUCUGCAACAUUCAGCUUCAUUCGGGUGAAGUUGUCACGACCCAUCGGUAGUGAGGGAGGACCCAAAUGCAGGACUCCGGAGACGCAAAGGUAGUUCGGGAAAAGUGUUUAUUUGGUCCAAAGUCGGGGAUCAGGCAGACGGUCAAGUGGGGCAGCGGUAAUCAGGAUGUCGGGCAUCGAGAGCAGGUCCGCGGGGAGGCAGGGGUCACUACACGGAAGAUUGAUCAGAGAAGGCAGGAGUGUCAAAGACGACAAGCUUACGGGAUUGGUCGGACGACAGGCGAGGUCGGUACACCGGGGUUGACGAUCAAGAGUACGGGAGUGCAGGAACGGGCCAUGAGUUGCGACGAUCUGGCGAAGACCAGUCGUCCCCUGGGUCCUAAAAAUACCGGGGUUAAUCAGCCGGUGUGCGCCUGCUAAUCAGCGCUGGUGUGCUGGGACCCGCCAAGCCAGGGGUGGACCGACAGGAACAUGACAGAAGUUCUACAAAAAAGUUUGGAUGUCGUUCCAUUUAGCGGAGAUAGCUUUAAUAUCGGCACUUGAGACGUCCUUCCUGCCUUCAGCCUCAUCAGACGACAUCUCCUCCAACCUCUUCUUCUGCUCCUCCUGACGGUGCAGGAGUUCCUCAGUUGCGAGCUCAGCACGAUGCAGGUCCUCAACAUCAUCGGCAUCCAUCUCCAAACCGAGAUUUUGGCCCAUUGUCACGAUUUCAUGAAUGAUUUGACAAACCUGUGGAGACCCCAUGUCGCCACCAGCAGACCUUCUAAGUCGUGCUCAGUAAAACAUUCGGGCCACAGUUUCUUCCAUGCAGAGUUCGUGGUCCGAUAUGUCAUCUGCCUCCAAGCUUUGUGGACGAUGGUGACGCAGUGGUAAAUGUUGAAGUGAUUUUUUUCUUUUUUUUUUUUUCUUUCCCCAAUAAUCACAAAGGGUUAGCUUAGUGUCACUCGUCACCUCAAAGCAUCUUAAGAACAAAAAUUUUGUAAAGAGCUUCUUGAAAUUAGCGAUUACCUGCUGGUCCGUGGGCUGAAUCAAGGGCGUCGUGUUGGGAAUCUUGCAAUCACCGCUAGCAUUACCACAUAAAAGAAGCAUAAACCUGUCCUUCAUAGGCUUGUGACCUGGCAUCGAUUUUUCCUCCUGCUUGAUGGAGGUUCUUCGUGGCAUUUUCUUCCAGAAUAGCCCUGUUUUGUCACAGUUGAAGACCUGCUGGGGAAGGUCGUCCUCGGCCUUGACGAAACGGGCAAACUCUGCUUUGAACUUUUCCGCAGCGGCUUGGUCCCAACUUGCAGCCUCCCCAUGGCGAACAACGGGGUGUAUCCCACUUCUUUCGCGGAAAUUUUCAAGCCAUCCUCGACUUGCUUUGAAUUCAAAGCCCUCAGGAACUAGACUAGGGUCUUUUCUUUUUAAAUCUGUAUACCGAUUUCUAGCGUUGGCGCAAAUCCAGCAACUUUUGACUUCCUCCACGAUCUGUGGCCUCUGCUUGGUCAACACGGUUGCUUCUUUAACAACAUGACUUGCUUUGAUGGCAACCUUUUGUUUCAGGAUGGUGCUGAUCGUCGUUUUCGUCAUGCCGUGCUUCUUCGAUAGCUCAGAAACACCCACACCAGAUUCGUGCACAGCUAUCAAAUCCUUCUUGAAGUCAACAGUUUUACGCACCACUUUCCUUUUUUCAGCACCAGCAGUUCCACUUGGUCAAGUCAAGCUGAAACAGUUCCAAAUAGCAAUCAUUUUUAGCGCAACACCUUCAGCCUUCUACUCGAUAGCAAAAACAUGUCAGGAAAAGCCUACUGGAACAUUUGAACUUUAUUUGGGGUUAAACACAGUUACUUUAACUAGUUGCAACCGUGUGCUUAAUGUUGACUCCCACUAAAUGAGUGACUGGUUAAUUCUAAGUGCCUCUACAUCAGCUAUUAUAUUAUAUUAUAUUCUCUCUCUCUCUCCAGCUAAAUGAAGAGGGGUUGCCUCAGGAAGGGCAUCCGGCGUUAAAACUGCCAAACAAAUAUGCAGUCAGCUCAGAUGACAUGCUGUGGCGACGCCUAACGGGACAAGCCAAAAGGAAAAGAAGAAGAUUUUCUCUUAUUAUCAUAGGGUGUGCAUAAUUCUGCAACUACAUUGUUUGUUAUUUUUGCUUUCAAAAAGACUUCAUUACUUAUUCAAUUGAGUUUUACAGGCUGCAGGUCGAUUUUUUUUUUUUUUUUUUUUUUUUUUUUAAAGUGAUGUAUCCGUGGUCAAAAACCGGGGUGUGUAGACUUUUUAUAGGCGUUAUAUCUGUAACGUAGAUCCAAAUCAAAUAGACGAUGGAUGAGAUGAUCAUUUUCUCCAUGCAAAUAUCUGCUAACUGCAUGCUGAUAUCCCACACGUGAGUCCAAAUCUGACCUUUGCAAAAUAUUUCUCGCAGUCCAGUCCGUGGCAGCGUGUCUGUGGUGCGAGCAUGAGAAAGUCUUGGCUGCCUCUCGGCAACUUGGAAACCGUCACCGGUGAAAAUCCAACAUCCGUCUGUCCUGCUGCUUCAUGCUUUGACCACCAGGGGGUGCCGUUGUUGGCUAAAUCGUUUCAAGCGUUAUUAUUUUGUUCUUAAUCCCAAUUUCUCCAGCCGCUUAGCUAUUACUAUGGCAAAUAAUAAGCACGUAUGUUCGGUGCUUGAAUGAUCGGAUUUUAUGACAUUGAUGUUGGUGCUGUCCAAUCAUAUCAUCACAUAUUUUUAAUUAGUUACAGAUUACAGUACGAAAUUGACGUUUUAUUUUUUUGUUCGUGUGUAUGUGGGAUGGGACUGCCAUUAAAUGCCAUGUUUAUCAGCACGGUCAAUGAUUUUAAAAAAUCAAGACUGUUCAUUUAAUAUGCAUAUUUUACUGCAUAAUAUUAUUCCCACUAGCAUGCGUGAAGAACAAAUGCAACUGAAAAAGUGAACACUGUAUAAUGCUUGCUCUCCUUUUUCUGAUUCAAAUGCAUCAUUAACAUUUAUUGUCGUCGACUCUGAGAAUCCAUUUAAGUGAGGAAAAUGAUGCUGGACUGAAAUGUGUAUUAUAAUAUUUUAUCAUUUUGGAUGUAAAGAAAAAGCUGCUGUGAAUGCAAGGUACUGAAAAAGCACUGGAAAGAUUUUUUUUUUUAUUUUUUACACAGGACUGAUUAAAGUCAUUUACCUGCUGUAUUCUGAUGUCAAAUGCCAUAUUUUAUUUAUACCAUAUUUUUAUUAAACCACUUUAAAUUGUA